CCAACUGAGAUCCGGGACGAGAGGGGGCAAGCACGUCAUUUUAGCUCCACAGGCCACUAGGGUUUUGAGUUCCAUUUAUGUUAUAAACCUAAAUCGAUACUCUGGCCACAUUUUCGCCGCUUCUUCCAAUCUCUCUGCAUCCUUCGACUGACCGAGAGAGAGAGCCAAGAUGGUUGAGAAGACGAGGAUCAGGAAAGAGGAGGUGGUGACCAGGGAGUUCACCAUCAACCUCCACAAGAGGUUGCAUGGCUGCACCUUCAAGAAGAAGGCUCCCAAGGCCAUUAAGGAGAUCAGGAAGUUUGCCGAGAAAGCCAUGGGAACAAAGGAUGUGAGGGUGGACGUGAAGCUGAACAAGCAAAUCUGGAGCAAGGGAAUAAGGAGUGUUCCAAGAAGAAUCAGAGUUCGCAUUGCACGGAAGAGGAAUGAUGAUGAAGAUGCAAAGGAGGAGCUCUUUUCCCUUGUCACUGUUGCAGAGAUCCCUGCCGAAGGACUCAAGGGGCUGGGCACAAAGGUCAUAGAGGAGGAUGAGUAAUCUGUGUCGCUCUGUGUUUCUGUCAGGCUGUGGUUCUAGGUUUUUGAAGAAGUUUUGUCCUUGUUUGAGGAUUCGGAGAACAAGCCUAGGCUUUUGUUGGUACAAGUUGGAUAUUGUCAAACCAUAAUUGCCAUUUGAAAGUAGUGAACCUAAUGAUAUUUUCUGUUGGAUUUCUAGCACAUAAUGGCCAUCGGGAGUGCAAUCUGCAGAAAAUGUCGCGCAUGUUAAUGAUCUGGUUGAAGUGCUUGUAUUACUGUAGUUGGUAUCAUCGUAUUGAUGGUAUAGGGAGCUCUUGUCGAUGGUUCUUAAUUCGAUCCAAACCUUUGAGACAACACAGACACAGUUUCUUGUCC